AUGGACACUUCAAUCUCGCUCCUCGGCAGCGCCCCGAAGCGCAAAAACGGCCGCCCGCAGGCCUGCGAGCCCUGCCGCCGACGCAAAGUCGCCUGCGACCAUCGGACGCCGAUAUGCUCGCGCUGUCGCCGCGGCGGCAUCCCGGACAAACUGCAGCCACAGACACAGACACAGACACACGGCCCCGAGUGCAACAUUGGCUAUCUCGGCGCGACGAGCUUCUCGGCCUUUUACGAGGAGGCGCAAAAGAGUCUCCCUGCAGCGGCGGCGGCGGACAAGCGCGAGUCUGACCCGGACGCCAUGCUGCCGCCGAGAGGCCUCGAGGUUCAGGUUGCUUUCCCGCUCAUGGGCGAGGUUGCGCUGAGCGUGCUGCGCCAGAUCCCCGACAGGGCGUCGUCCAAGCUGCUAGCCAGGCUCUACUCGAGCUUCUACGGCGGCUGGAACUGGCUGUCGGGCCAGCGGCUGAACGAGAGCCUGUGGACGGCGUUUGGGCCGACGGCGCUGGAUCGCGAGCCGCGGGACGAGGAGCAGCUGCGGCGCAUGUCGCUGGCCGUGUGUCGCAACGGCGCCGUCUCCCUCGCCGAGGACCUUGACACGGACGCGCAGGCCUGGUUCGACGGGUACUCGGGGCCGAAUCUGCGCUGGGAGUCCCUGGGCCUGCUCUUCAUCUUCUGGGCCGGCGGCGCGCGGAGGCUGCCUGAACGGUCGGCGAUAUGCGGCGACUGCGCGGUGCUGCAUCGCGCGCACCCGAGCCAGCUUGUUCGCCAGUACAAGGCGGCUGCGUGGAAGUGCAUCGAGCUGUGUCGCGAGGCGGCCAGCAGCAACAUGUUGCUGGCCUUUCUCGUGCUCGGGCACAGCUUGCUCGAGUCCAACAUCUCUGGAGAUGCAGGCAUGCAAUACUGGCGGACGCACGGCGACCUCAUGGCCCUGACCACCUACCUCGGCCUGCACGCCUCGCCCGGCGCAGACCCCAUGGACUGCUCCGUCACCGCCCAGGUCAAGCGCCAGCUCUUUGCCGCCAUCUUCACGCACGACAAGGUCACCGCCACCUUCACGGGCCGGCCGGCGUUCCUCAGCAGGCGCUUCUCGUCGACGCCGCUGCCGCUGGACAUGAGCGACGAGAUGCUCUUCUCGAGCAACAGUCCGUCGGCUGACUACAGAGACUGCCGGGUGGAUGAGAAUGGAUGGAGCAUGGAUGGGAAGCUCUACACGACGACGACGCUGCGCGCGAGGGCCAUGCUGGCGUAUGUGAGGGACGAGAUUCUCGAGAUUGCGCUGCAGAGCAUGGAUUCCGGGGGGAGAUUGGCGCUUCUCAAUCUCAAGAGGCGAGAGAUGCACAUCGUCGCCAGCUUCCCGCCCUGCAUCCUCUACCGGCCCCAAGACGUCAGCAACCCCGACAUCUCGGGCCGCGACCUCUACGCGCGGCUCCUCGUCUGGCUCGAGCACCUGCAGAACCUCUUUUUCAUCGAGCGCCUCCUCAGCAAGCAGCAGCCAGACGGCUCCAGCUCCAGCUCCAGCGACGACGACGACGAUAACGCCGCGCCCUCGCGCCUCUUCGCCAUCAGCCUCGAGAUGGUGACGCUGGCGCACCUCUUCUGGACGCACCAGAACCGCCUCAAGACGGUCGAGGACUGCGUCGAAUGGACCACGACGUGCUUUGCCGCGCCCGCGGGAGGCGUCCUGUGCAUGGAGCUGCUCCGCGGGACGGCCACGCACGAGGGCUUGAGUCCCGCGGCGACAAAGGCCCUCGUCGUCGAGAAGCUGGGGAUGCUGGCGGCGUUUCUGGACUGGGUUGGGCCGGGCUCGCCGAAUUACGACAUCUGCUACAGGGUGAAGAGGGUGGUGAGGAGGGUGCUGGAGCAGGCGCUCGAGAUGCCGGUGCAGACGAACUUGCUGGAGGGGGGCGGCGGGCAUUGGAGCGUGGAGGAUUGGGGGGCGGAUUUGAAUUCGUUUUUCAGCUUUGACUUGCUGGAUACGUUUGAGUGGCUACGGCCUGAAUAA